UAUUUGAUCUUUGCGGGGUUAUCGCGACCUUUAUAAGACGGACGAACCAAAAUUCGGCGUUAUUCAGCUUGUACGCUUUAUCUGCGAUCGUGUUGGGUGCGUUUUAUAAAAAUGAGAUUGCUAAUUGUUUUCACUGUAGCGGCAUUGGCCUGCGCUCAAGUUUUCGCAGCGCCUCAAAUUCAUAAUAAUUACAAUGAUCCAUCCCAAGUUCAUGUAGUUGACAAUCAUUACAAUGAUCCAUCCCAAGUACAUGUAGUUGACAAUAAUUACAAUGAUCCGUCUCAAGUUCAUGUCGUCGACAAUAAUUACAAUGAUCCGUCUCAGGUUCAUAUCGUCGACAAUUAUUACAAUGAUCCAACUCAGGUUCAUGUUGUGGACAAUAAUCCUCACGAAAUACUUUUUCCAGGCCAAUAUAGGCCACGAUCAGUUGUAGAAGACUCUGCUUUCUACCGGCCGACGCAAAAUGGUAACGGCGAUCGCAUUGUUGAAGACCCAGGCUUCUACAGGCCCACACAGAAUGGUAACAGCCACAUUGUCGAAGACUCGGCUUUUUACAGACCCACCUAUGGAGGUAACCAGCACGGGCCUAUCGAUCCUGGAUUCUACCGGCCCGGAAACCAAAAUAACUAUGAACCCAUCAGCAACGGCCCUGCCUUUGUUGAAGAUGGAAGAAAACACUAUGACAACCCCAACCUACGCAGUGGAAAAUGAAGAAAACCUUUUCGAACGAUCUUUUCACGUUAGAAGGCCGGCUUAGUUAAUUAAGAUUGUUUUAUGUAAUCAAUUUGUUGUUAGAGUAGGUAUAAUACCUAUUUAAGCAGAAACAACUUUACGCAAAUAUUUUACUCUUUUUCCUUAAUAAACUAUCAGAUUGUGAAACCUA